AUGCUCGUGUACCGAGCCUUCUUGCAUCGCCUCUCUAGAUUUCCUGGACCUUUCUUUGCCCGACUGUCAAAUUUUUAUGUGACUGUCCUGUCAGGAAAGAAAUUACAGCUAUGUGAUGAAAUCCAAAAGCUUCACCACCAGUACGGAGAUUAUGUUCGCGUUGGACCCACCGAGAUCUCCAUCAUUGACCCAGCUGCCAUAAAAGUUAUCCAUGGCGCAACCUCCAAAUUUGAGAAGGGGCCCUGGUACACUAUAAUUGAACCUAGAACCUCUCUUCAGACAGACAGAAAUAAACAGACGCAUGCGCAGAGAAGAAAGGCCUGGGACCGAGGCUUCAGCACCAGAGCACUCCGCGAUUAUGAGCCAAGAAUCACCCUUUAUACAGAUCAAUUAAUCGCAGGCAUCGAAAAGCAUGUCGGGAGUCCCAUGAACAUGACGCCUUGGUUCAACUAUUACAGUUUUGACGUUAUGGGAGACAUGGCAUUUGGACACUCAUUCGACAUGCUCGUUACUGGGGAGGAUUCUUAUAUCUUACGACAAGUUCACGAUGAUAUGAAGAAGAUUGGGCUUUUCAGUCACUUGACCUGGCUAUUUCCUUUUGUCAAAAGAAUACCAGGGGUCAAUAAGGACUACCUGAGAUUAUGGAAUUGGGUCACUUCCCAUGUUCUACAUCGGAUUCAGAAUCCCCCAGAGAUACCCGAUGUGUUCUCGUGGAUCCUGAAAGCAUUUGACGAUGGGCCGAAAGCAGAGCAGGACCACCUUAAUCUUCAGGGUGAUGCUUAUCUUAUUAUUGUUGCCGGCAGUGACACAACCGCCGCCGCAUUAACCAACAUUCUGUUCCAUCUCGUCAAAAACCAGGCGCUAUACAAGGAGCUCCAGACUGAACUAGAGUCAUACUUGCCAGAGCUUUCCUACGUCAAACUGACGAGCUCCAAACUUCUCGACGCAGUGAUCAAUGAAACACUCCGGUUGCACCCAGCCGUGCCAUCUGGCGUCCAACGCGUAACUCCAGCCGAGGGAAUCAAGAUUGGCGAGACCUAUAUUCCUGGGAAUACGAUGCGUCUCUUCCCGCGACCAGACGAGUUUCUGCCUGAACGAUGGACGACACAGCCAGAGCUUGUCAACGAUCCAUCUGUAUUCAUACCCUUCUACACCGGUCCGUACUCUUGUGUCGGGAAGCAGCUUGCUCUGAUGGAGCUUCGCCGUGUCACUGCGGAAAUUGUAAUUCGGUAUGAUGUGUCGUUUGCGGAGGAACAAACCGAAACUGCGUUUUUGAAUGGGUAUCGGGAUACAUUUACUACUGUUCCUGCGCCGUUGAAAGUUGUAUUUACCAAACGGGGAGAGUCAAAUUUGGAAGUGAGCUGA